AAAAUAACAAAAAUGUUGACCACCGUUUACUUUACUCACAUAUUACAAACAUGUAUGAUCUACAUAAACACUGGUUGGGCUAGCCGUGGGAUAUCUGCCUUUGACCGUUCCAAAAGGAGCUCGGUCAUCAUUACUCCUAAUUUCCAACCUUAUUGAACUAUUGACAAAAUCUCCCCGGAACUAACAAAGCUAACAAAAACCAUUCUCUUUAUAAGACGUUACUUUUUACGACAGUUCUCAGUUGCAUGCCAGCCUUGGCUGUUCUUGUUUGUCACGAUGUUUGCCCAAUGUUUGUUGUUGGCUGUCUUAGUGCUAAGUGUUGGCGGGGCUAUGAUAAAUAUGUCCUGUCCUGUUGUGACGCCGCGGGAAUUGGACUGGAAGGCCCUCGAUGGCGUCUGGUACCUUUCAGCUGUGGCUACGGAUGACAUGGCGGUCCAGGGCGACUGUGCCACAGUACUAUUCGACCAUCAAAACACGACAGAUGUUUCCAUUAGCUGGAUUACUAACCACACCGUCUCUUACUAUAAUGGAUCUGUGGCCCUCAUUCCUGAUCCUAAGAGCAACAGCUCUGGGGAUUUGUUGCUGGUCACUUAUGAUGAUGACAAAAUUGAGACCUAUUCGUUCUUGGACGUGAAUUACGAGCACUAUGCUGUAAUUUUCGCCUGCUACAAUAAUGAUGACGGGAACAGUAGCACUUAUGAAAUAUGGAAGCUGACAAGGACACCUCAUUUGAAGGACACUGAUGCCGUCAAGUUGGACCAGGCGAUUGCUAACUACAGCCUUCAAGACACAGUAUUCUAUACUUUUAAUAACACAGAGGAUACUUGCAGGGUUAACGGAGGGCAGCAUAUUGAUGGUUCCACCUUAAUGUUGACGUCAGCGGCCGCAUUGGCGCUUUUCAGGAGGUUUUAUUAAUGGGAAUGCUCUUAACAAUUGGGUAUUUGACUUAAUAUCUAAGUAAACUGUCAG